AUGCGUAGCCUCGCUUCAUCGAGCCAUGCAGCCUCGUCGUCUAGGGCGGUUCAAGAUGACGAGGAGGAGAGCGACGACAAUGAUGACGAAGAGGAAGAUGAAGAAGAGGGCGCAGAAGAAGAACAUGGUGAGGAAGAGGAAGAGGACGAUGAGGAGGAGGAGGAGUACGAUGAUGAAGACGGACCUCCAGCAACUCAGCCAACCCAGCGUGAGAAGAGGAAUGUGCCGAAGAAGGAUUGGAAGAGUCCAUCCCCGUUUCAGAAAGAACGUCCCACGGCCCGCAAGAAGACGAAGGCUGAGAAGCGAUCCGAGGAUAACGAGGACCGAAAGUCGAAGAGGGGAAGGAAGGACUGA